GCUGUCUGGGCCAGCUCCUCUUUCCGGAACAAUUCAGGCUUCACAGCAGCUCAAACCUCAUCUGUAACAUCUGUGUUCUGAAGCAAGGAUGGCGGAGAUGGACAGAAUGCUUCAUUCUGGAAGGAAACAAUGUUCCAGGUCAAGCUGAGUCUGCCAAACACAGACCCUGCCAUGGUUCUAGACGUCUUGACAAGUUGUAUCAUGUGGUUUUUCUACGCCUUGAUUCCAUGUUUGCUCAUAGAUGGAGUGGCCGUUCUGCCUGCCCCUCAGAACCUCUCUGUGCAAUCAACCAACAUGAAGCAUCUCUUGACGUGGAGCCCAGUGGUCGUGCCUGGAGAAAUAAUAGACUAUUUUGUCGAGUACCAGGGAGAGUAUGAGAGCCUAUACAUGAGCCACAUCUGGAUCCCCAGCAGCUGGUGCUCACCCACUGAAAAUCCUGAGUGUGACAUCACUGAUGACAUCACUGCCACUGUGCUGUACAACCUUCGUGUCAGGGCCACUCUGGGCUCACAGACUUCAGCCUGGAGCACCCUGAAACACCCCUUUAAUCGAAACUCAACCAUCCUCACCCCACCUGGGCUGGAGGUCAGCAAGGAUGGCUUCCACUUGGUUAUUAAGCUGGAAGACCUGGGGCCGCAGUUUGAGUUCCUCGUGGCCUACUGGAGGAGGGAGCCUGGUGCCAAGGAGCACAUCAAAAUGGUGAGGAACGGGGGUGUUCCAGUGCUCCUGGAAACUGCAGAGCCAGGAGCUGCCUACUGUGUGAAGGCCCAGACGUUCGUGAAGGCCAUCGGGAGGCACAGCGCCUUCAGCCAGGCAGAGUGUGUGAAGCUGCAGGGAGAAGCCCUCUCCCUGGCACUGGCCCUGUUUGCAUUUGUUGGCUUUGUGCUGAUCCUUGUGGUUGUGCCAUUCUCCAUCUGGAAGAUGGGCCGGCUGCUCCAGUACUCCUGUUGCCCCGUGGUGGUGAUCCCUGACACCUUGGAAAUAACCAAUUCACCCCAGAAGUUAAUCAGCUGCCGAAGGGAAGAGGUGGAGGCCUGUGCCACAGCCAUGCUGUCCCCUGAGGAGCUUUUCAGGGCCUGGAGCUAGCAGGCCGGGAAGGGCCCCAGGAAGCUGAGAAACCUGGUGUGCGCGACACAGAGCCUUGAGGGGAAAGGCCGUGUGUCUGUUUUCCUCCCUGGACGAGGGACGAGAGACGUAAGAAGACCCCGUUGUGUCCAGGUCUAGCACUCUCAGAGGCAGACAGCACUGAGUGGGGGUCAGGAGAUGUGACCUCUAGAACUGGAUCUAUGUGCCAUUCACUAGCUGAAUGGCCCUGGGGAAAGUGACUUAGUCUCUCUCGUCCUCAGUUUUCUCAUCUGAGAAAAUGGGGAGAUUAAUCAUACAGCUGUUAAACCACAUAUAGAUAUAUAUCUCCAUACAUACCUCUCUAGCGCCUGCAGAGCUGUAGGGAAAUUAGUGAUGGCGUGAUUGGUCCAGCUCUCUGAAGAGUGUGUGACAGGAAUGAUCAAUGACUCUAUACACUGAUUGGCUUGGAGAACCCACUUUCCCAGCGGAAACCUUGAGGAGGAGGGAAGGAUGGUUACAGUGCUGUUGAUUUCACUUCAAGCCAAAUGCCCGCGCAGAGGCGAAUGGCUCAGCCGGCUCCACAAGACUGGCCUGGAGGGAGGCCGCAGCCCCACUGAAACAGCCCCCUCAGGAAUUCACGCAGGGCCCACCUCUAGAAGCCUCUCCUGCCCCCCUCCCCCACCAGGUGAGGAAGAGAGUCAGGAAAAGAGUCAUUCAGAGAUGGGACGGAGGGAGGCAGUUUCUUGAGGGGUCAAGGGAUGGAUGGGCAAGGCCUGUGCUUCCCUCCUUAUGCCCCCACCCCUCCCAGCUCUGGAGCCUCUGGGCUCGGUUGUCUCCACCCCCACUUCCUGGGCCCCUUCCAGCCAGCCCAGAGGUGGGGACAAUCUAACUGCUUCAGUCAGGUGUUUCCCAUGCAAGAUAGAGGUCCACAACCCUCUCUCCACCUGGUGGGGGCUCAAGUAGACAGAAGGUGGGCUCUUUCCAGGAGGAUGUUUGCUGAAGAGCUUUUCCUUUGUGCACUUCUAUGUUGUUUGACUCUUUCAUGAAGAGUAUGUGUUACACAGAAUUUUAUAUCUGCCUCAAAUAAAGACUAUAUUACUAC